UGAAUGUCAAAAAUUUUGGUAAACAACCAUGCGUGUUUAGAGCUUAAACUUCGGCGUAAUAUUUUAGUUGAAAAAGUAUCUAGAAGCUGUGUAUUUUAAUUUAAUAUCGUAUCAAAAUGACAAAGAAAAAACCCUUGGGAGCGGGUCUAAGCCGUGACGAGCGAAUGCUCUUUGUGGUGGGUGAAAUCAUCCAGGAAUUGUUGAAAGCACACCACGAGGGGAAAGACGUGAACCUGAAUCGGUUGAAAUCAAGAUUAGCAUCAAACUAUGGGCUGGAAAGCGCUCCUCGUUUGGUGGACAUUAUUGCCGCUGUUCCCCACGAAGCUAAACCUAUUUUGUUGCCAAAGUUGAAAGCAAAACCUAUUCGAACCGCGAGUGGGAUCGCGGUAGUAGCGGUCAUGUGCAAACCACAUCGCUGCCCCCACAUUAACAUGACCGGUAACAUUUGUGUGUACUGUCCAGGGGGACCGGAUAGCGAUUUCGAAUAUUCAACGCAAAGUUAUACUGGUUAUGAGCCCACUUCAAUGCGAGCAAUCCGAGCUCGAUACAAUCCGUUUCUACAAACGCGCCAUAGAGUCGAGCAACUGAAGCAGCUUGGACAUUCCGUGGACAAAGUUGAAUUCAUCAUUAUGGGCGGCACAUUCAUGUGCCUACCGGAGGACUACAGAGAUUACUUUAUUCGAAAUCUCCACGACGCUUUAUCGGGUCAUACCAGUUCCAGUGUGGAGGAAGCUGUACGCUAUUCGGAAAAAUCACACACCAAAUGUAUCGGAAUCACAAUCGAAACGCGUCCGGAUUAUUGCCUAAAACGCCAUUUGUCAGACUUGCUGUCAUACGGAUGUACCCGUUUGGAAAUAGGGGUUCAGUCCGUGUAUGAGGACGUCGCUAGGGAUACAAAUCGUGGCCACACGGUGAAGGCAACCUGUGAGAGCUUUCAAAUGUCGAAGGAUGCCGGUUUCAAAGUCGUUUCUCAUAUGAUGCCCGAUUUGCCGAACGUAGAUAUCGAGAGGGACAUCGAGCAAUUCAUCGAGUUUUUCGAAAAUCCAGAUUUUCGUGCGGACGGUUUAAAGAUUUAUCCAACUUUGGUGAUCCGCGGUACCGGUUUGUAUGAGCUGUGGAAAACUGGUCGUUACAAAAGUUAUCCUCCUUCAACACUGGUUGACUUGGUGGCUAAAAUUUUGGCGUUGGUUCCACCAUGGACGCGAGUUUAUCGCGUACAGCGUGAUAUUCCAAUGCCGUUAGUCAGUUCUGGGGUUGAGCAUGGAAACCUUCGUGAAUUGGCUUUGGCUCGCAUGAAAGAUCUAGGCACAGAUUGCCGGGAUGUUCGAACCCGCGAGGUCGGCAUACAGGAGAUACACAAUAAAAUUCGCCCGUAUGAGAUCGAGUUGAUUCGACGGGACUACGUAGCCAACAGCGGUUGGGAGACGUUUCUUUCCUAUGAAGAUCCAGCUCAGGAUAUUUUGGUUGGAUUGCUGAGGUUGCGGAAGUGUUCCCCCGAUACGUUCCGGCCGGAGCUGAUCGACAAUUGCUCGAUAGUGAGAGAGCUUCACGUGUACGGUUCGGUGGUGCCAGUUAACGCGAGAGAUCCGACCAAGUUCCAGCAUCAAGGCUUCGGAAUGUUGCUUAUGGAGGAAGCAGAACGAAUUGCACGGGAGGAACAUGGUAGCAAAAAGUUGGCCGUUAUUUCUGGUGUUGGAACGAGAAAUUAUUACCGUAAAAUGGGAUACGAAUUAGAUGGGCCCUACAUGUCCAAAAUGCUGGAUUGACUCGGUAAGUCACAGAAUAACGUUGCUUAGAUUGAAGAGAAAA